AAAAGAACGAGUAGUCAGUGCAGGAAAAAUACAUGGAUUACGUUCGAGAUCAAGCUCAGCAAAUUCUAGCUCAGAAUGCACAUCUCCAACAUAUUCUCCACAUAUGAAUUCUUCGAUACUUCAAUGUCAUGAUAGCUCAAAAAAUUGGAGCAUUAGUACACCUCCAUUAAAUGCUGAACGUCAAUUGGAAACAAAUAAGUCAACUUUGGCUAAUAAAUAUAAUGAAGUGAGAAAUCGUACACAUGAAAUAAAUUUAAAAGCGAAUGUAAAAGACAGUGAAUUCGUUGACAAAUUAAAAACUGCAGAUCAAUGUGACAAAAAAUUUAACUCAAAAGAAUUGAUACAAAAGCAAAAGAACUGGACUAGUCAUUUCUCUAAAACAAGAACGAGUAGAUAUAAUUCUGAUCCUGAUAAACUUGUUGUUAAAACCUCAUUAGAUAAAACUGUAUUAAAGAAUAAAUCUGAUGAAGGUCUACAACAUGGUUCAAAGGAUAGUUAUGAGCUAGAAAAUACGCUAGAAAAUAAGCUUUCAACAACAAAUUUGGUAAAAAAUGUAAAUACUGCAGAGAGAUCUGCAAGUUUUAGUGCUAUGUGCUCCUCUUCGAAAACAUUCUCAUCUCCACCACAACUUCCAACUAGGUAUUCAUCAAAUGGUGAGAAAAAAGAGAAGAAACCUAUUGCUUGUCUAAGUGUAGAAAAUAAUGAACUUCCAAAAUUUAGCAUGUUAAAUGAUAUUCCAAAUAAUUCAAAGAAAGAAAUACCUGAAUAUGCAGUUAUUCAAAAAAAUGUUAUGGAUAAAAAACUAGAUGAUUUGCCAAUAAUAUCUCUAAAACAAUGUCAAAUUGAAUCAAAAAUUAAUUCGACUGAUACAAUACAUGCAUGUGACUAUAAAAUAUUUCAGGAGAUUUGUGCUGAUCCAAAAAAUCACGUAGCGAAGAAUAAGGUUCAUGUAACAAUAGAUAAUGCCGAUUAUUUAUUAUCUAGUACAAUUAAAACUCCACUAAAAACUUUGGAAAAAAAAAAAUUGCUUGCAACGAAAGAAGAGAUUGCAAACGAUGUUAUUGAAUUCAGCACUACUCAGCAAUCAUUUGACAAGAGGGAUUUAUGUAACAAAGUUAAUGAAAAUAACAUAAAUGCUUUGAAAAGUCGUACAACUAAAUAUGAAAGUGACAAUAAGCCUCUUAACAGUGACAAUUUCAUCUUAUCUUAUAUGAUUACGUCAAGUUCUCCAUUAGAAAAGAAAAGGGAAGAGAAAGCUGAAAGGGAAGCGUCAGAGAAGUUAAAAUACGGUAAAGACAGUUAUGAUGCGAAUAAAGAUAGUUCAAAGUAUGAAAAUUUAAAGACUGAUAACUCCGAUAGUUAUAGUGAAAUUAAUUUGAGUUCUGUAAAAAGAUUUUUUAAUAUUUGUACUGACACAUCAACUAUUAAUGAUAAACAAAUACAUUUAUGUUUGGUGUGUAAUGAAAACAGUACAAAAUGUGAACCAAAUGAACCAAAAUCAAAUAUUAACGAAUCACUUGAUCUAAAUUUUAUUAAUAACGAUAAUUAUGAUCAUUCGAAUAUAAAAAACACAAUGGAUAUUUCUAAUAAUUUAUCUUGUACAUUUGCAUUUCAUGGGAAAAAUUACGCAACUAAUAAAGAAGAUUUAAAUACACUAGAUUAUUCCAGAGAUGUAAGCAAGAAUUUGUCUAGUUCUAUAGAUUUGAAAAACAAUGAAUGCUUUCCAAAACUUUUGCCUACAACGCAAAAUACAAAUGUUAUUGAAGCAAAAGAAUUCAAUAUUUCCAUUGAUGAAUCAGAAAUUUUGAAAACGUGUAUAACAGAUUGUCAUUUUCAGACAGAAAACAUUAUUGAAAUUGACAAAGCAAAUGAGACAGAUUUAGCUAUGGAAUUGUUAAAACAUGACAAUAUAUCAAAAAAUGUAUUCAAGCAAAAAAAUAAUCAAUCUGAUUAUAAUAUCUUAUACAAAAAAAAGACUAAAGAAAUUUUGCAUAAUUCGACUAAAAAUGUGAAAGAAAGCUCUAUUAAAAAUAAUGAAAAUGAUGGAAAAUUAUUAUUGGAGGUGGAAAAUAAACAAGCAAUAAAUAAAAAGCCCCCUCAAAAUAAUACUGAAACACAAUCUUCAACAAUUGCACUUGAUACAUCUUCAACGCAAAGUAAUAAGGACAAUUUGAGCACUAGAUCUCGCAGUGAAUUUACAGUAGAAACAGUGUCUGAAAGUCAGAUAGGAUCUGUAACUAGCAGUGAAAGCGAUAUUCUGGGAUCAAUAAGCAGUCUUAAUGAUACUCAAGCUGAUACAGAAACAGAAUCGCAAGAUUACACACCACUUGGAAGAAAAAUUAUAUUAGUAGAAAAUGGAGUACACUAUUUUGAAGAUGGGCAUUUUUGGAUGGAAGUAGCAGGGAUUCCAGAAUCAGAAGACGAUGAAGAAGAUGGUUGUAAAUCGAUAUCAAGAAAGACAGCUAUAACUUUUGAUACAGGCCCUAUACGAGUCUACUCAACUCACUCCGUAAAUGAAUAUGAUCGACGUAAUGAGGAUGUUGACCCAGUAGCAGCUAGCGCAGAAUAUGAAUUAGAAAAACGCGUAGAAAAAAUGGAGGUUUUUCCUGUAGAAUUAAUGAAAGGACCAGAUGGCCUGGGUUUAAGUAUUAUAGGCAUGGGCGUAGGAGCUGACGCUGGUUUAGAAAAACUUGGAAUAUUUGUUAAAACUAUUACAGAAAAUGGAUCAGCUGCACAAGAAGGAAAAAUUCAAGUUAAUGACCAAAUAGUUGAGGUUGAUGGAAAAUCAUUAGUUGGUGUGACUCAAGCCUAUGCAGCUAGUGUUCUUCGAAAUACAUCAGGACUUGUACGUUUUGUUAUUGGUCGAGAACAUGAUCCGCAAAAUUCUGAAGUCGCUAUGUUAAUUAAACAAAGUUUACAAGCAGAUAAAGAACGUGGACAAGAUGAAAUUACAAACACUAGCAGGAAGCCUAUCGCUAAAGAUUCAGCUUUGUAUGAGCAGCAUGAAGUUAAUGAAAACGCAGAAAAUAAUUGUAGAAAUAUACAGCAAGAACUUUUGAGAACCGGUUCACCAGCGGUCACUUCUUGUUCAGAAAGCGAAAGAUCUCAAAGUCCAUCAAGUUCUUAUACAUCAUUUUUUAAUAACAGCAGGUCACCUAUAAUUAGUUCAUCUGCGAAUGGCAUUUCUUUUAAGCAAAACGAUAUGGAUACCUUGCGAAUGCUUCUACAAGAGUUAGUCGAACUUGAAAAUAAUGGUGCUAGUAGCGAAGAAUAUGCUUUGAAACUACGUGAAUCUGGAAUACGGUUACAUGAAUCGGAACGUGCUUUAAGCGCAACUCGCCAAGAUCUUGCCAAUGUACGUGAAAUGUUAUUGCAGCUUACUAACCAGAAUGCUAUUUUUCAACAAAAAUAUGCUCGCGCUAGAAGAGCAGCUCGUGAAUUACGAUCGGAUGUAACUUUACGAGAUGAAUUUUAUCAGCAAUUACUUCAAGAGAAAGAUACAGAAUACAACGCUCUUGUAAAAAGUCUCAAGGAUAGAGUAAUUAUAUUAGAAGUAGAGUUGACUGAAAUACAGAAGCGGUUUGGAAUGCCAGUUCGACUACCGUAUGAUAGUGCUACUUCAAAAAUAGUAACACCGCAGUUUUCUCGUCGUCAAUUACUGCCUUUACCUUCCUCAGUUAGUAGUCAACUUUCAGAUACUGAUACUUCUGAUUUAAACAGCCCAGAUGAUAAAGAUAAGACAGACACAGUAGAGAGAAAACUACCAUUGCGAAUGCCGGUAAAAGAAGAAUUAGAUCAAGCUAUACCAUCUCAUAGUCUACUUGAUAAUUCAGCUGGCAAAAGUAAAGCAGAGCUUGCAAGUAGAGGUGGACUAGCCAAUCGUCAACUACCGAAGAGAUCCGGAGGCCUCAGUAACAGUAGUUCUGAAUAUGGUUUAGAUGAAUCAGAAGACAAUACCGAUGAAGAUUUAUCUUCGAAAAGUAAGGAGCCUCGAAAUGUUAUUUCAAAAUCAGUGAAUUUAAAUUUAAGAAAAAAAAACUUAAGCUCGUACUUAAAUAACUCAACAAAUUUGCAAAAAAGAAGACUUAUCGAAUCUACAAUAAUAAAACAACAUAGCACAAUAAGUUCGCAAGUUAGAGCUUUGACUGAACAAAGUUGGCAAACAUCACCAAGCAGUCAUUCGGUUUUAUUCACAGAACAACUAGAACAAAUUUUUUCUGAGAGAAAUAAAAGACUUGGUGGACGUGACAUAUCCAUUUCAAAAGAUAGUUUAGUAAAUUCAAACGAAUUAAAUAAUACGGAAUCUUGUCGUGCCAAAAUAGUAACUCGUCAUCUGGUUGAAGAAAUAAGACAUGCUGUAAAUGAAGCAAAUCAGAGAGUAAAGAGUACAGAGAAAGAUGUGACGAAUUCGAAUUGCGAAAAUACACCAUGGUAUACAGAUGGUUCUCCUUCAAGCAUUUCUUCUGCGGACUCUUCUAGCCCUCCUACAACUGAACAGAACGUGGAGAAAAAUAACUCAGGAAAAUGGACCAAAACAAAAUAGAAAUCUUGGACAUGACGGACGUGGGAGAUUCCAAAGUUCUCAUAAAAUUCAAAGGACAACGAGAAGACGCCAUGAACGGGUUCAUGACACAUGGACCAUGCGUGAUCACCUUCAUACCAACGGCGACACCACAUAUGUAUGUAGCAAACGUUGAAUAUGGAAAAGAAGAGGAUAAAAACAAGGCGAUUAAAGCAUACACGAGGUCAAAAUCACAAGGUAUAAUGGAAAAAAUGGGCUAUAUAGAAGGCAAAGGCCUAGAUAAAAAUCUACAAGGUAGAAUGGACCCAGUGAAAGCUGUAUCAAACGAAUAUAGACAGGCUUAGGUGCUACCGCCCUAGAUUAUCACUUGGACCACAACGACACAAAUUUUGUCAAUGAACAGAAACAAGGACCACCAGCGAUCAUGGAGGCCAGGAGAGGUAAUGAGACUCAACAAGAUAAAUGAAAAAACUAUGUCGACAAGCAUAAGGGGAAACCCAAAAGAAAUAACAGCAAAUUUAAAGCAAUUUGGACCAUGUGAAGUAAAGAGAAUUUAUACGGACCAACAAGGCCGCACCAGACUGGUAGUGAGAUACCAGAUCCCUUUACACAACAAGAAGGCAGUGGAAUAUGCAACAGAACUAAUCAAAAAAACAGAGACAUUAAUGCCAGACACCACGACAAUAGAACAACCACUACCAGACAUCCCUACACAAAAAACACCAGCAGCAGCAAUAGACAUACCACUGGUCUUUCCACUAUUACCACUGUUACCACCAGCACUUCGACCACCGUUAUUCGCGACUUCAUCAACACCACCAUUAUCAGUACGACCGCAAAAAUUGCCAAGCAAAAAGCCUAUACCGAUGCCAGAAGUAAUAACCGGACCACUAGAUGACACAGCAGGGCGAAAAUUCUGUGCCCAGGUACCUUAGGGCAUGAACUCUGAGGUUUUUGGAAGGAUAUUCGCUAUAUUUGGUCCACUGGACCAACUUCGUGCUGCACAAGAAGCAAGAACCCAACACACUACUCAGGAAGUAUCUAGCCUUCGUGCAGUACUUUGACAAAGAGGAUGCCAAGAAAGCAAUAGAUUAUUGCAGUGAAAAAUUUAAACAAAGAUGGGCACCAUCACGGCACCUCAAAAAGGACGAGAGAAAAUACAGGAAAAGACACUGCCGCUGCGGCAAAAUGAGCGAUUACAGGAACAAAGAGGACCAUGAGUUCAUAUGUAAGAUACAAAAUGGAGAAAUAUUAAAACAUCACGAAGAGUGUGGCAAGUACAUUCAGCACCAACACAUGGACGCCCACAAAGAACACUGUACAGGGGUCCAAAAAAAUCCAAAAGAAGAAAAUAUGUUCACAGAAGACGACCAAAUAAGCAGGGACCAGUCGACACCACCUGAUAAUUAGAAGAAAUAGACCUAGAAGAGCUACCACAAGAACAUGGCGAAAUAAAUCUACUAGGAGCAACAAUGGACCAAAACCCUAAUCCAGUCAGCGGUCCAGAACAGAUACUAUGGCUAAAGGAAAAUGACAACGAAAUCAACGAGGAAGAAGAAGACAAAAUGAGUCUUUACAGUUACGCGCAAUUAUCGCAAUAAUUUUUUUUUUCUUUCUUCUUUUCUCUCUUUAUACAAUUUUUCUAUUAUAUUCUCUUUGUACAUGGCACCAAAAAAACUAGGGGGACCCAAAGAAAUAAAUAAUAUAUUUUUAUACUUUUA